AAGUAAAUACAAUCAGGGACAGAAAGCUUAUUGGAGUUCUGGUUUAUUCACACCUCACUUAUCUAAUCAUCACGAAUAGUUUGCGAAAGUCACAUUAACUAUCUAUGCAAGAUUUACUAAUGUUUUAUGACCAGCGGAGUACGAACUCAAGAUAACCCCAAAAGACUCUUAAACAAAGUGGCAAUAUAUAGUAUAGUGGCUUCCAGAUUCAGGCCAAGAACUAGACAAGUUGACUGCAGAGAGGGCGUUUCUGUGCUUCAAGUGCAAUCAGGCGCUGCAGAUUAGCACGCUAAUCAGUCAAAGGCGCCACUACAGGACAAAGCGAAAUCAUGACGGGGCCAAGAAUAUGCCGGUCAGAAUCAUAAAUCCCUCAAAAGAUAACGAUAACCGAUCUUACUGAGCUUGGGGUUCAAACUGGAGAUUGGACUCACCUAUAAAAGGCGCUGACCGAAUUGGCAGAACAACAAACUCAACAGGGAACUCAAAAUGAAACAAUUCGUGGUCCUAUUUGCACUGGCUCUGGCUACGGCCUCUGCUAAUUUUAUCCCCCAGCCGGGAUUCCCCGAGGGUCGCAUUAUAAACGGCUAUGAGGCGGAGAAGGGGGAAGCUCCCUUUAUCGUAUCCCUGCAGUCCACGUCCGGCUCGCACUUCUGUGGAGGAAGCAUUCUGCGCAAGGAUGUCGUUUUGACCGCAGCUCAUUGUUUGACCAGCAAAGAUGGUCAGGUUGUAGCCGGCGCUCACAGCUACAAAAACAAGGAGGAUGUCCAGGUCAGGAAAUUCACCAAUGCGCAGUACGUGGUCCAUGAGAAAUACAGCGGUGGUGUGGGACCCAACGACAUCGGUCUGAUCCUGCUGAAGGACAAUCCCUUCAACCUGAACGCCGUCUCCCGCGAUGGCAGCAAUCCGGUGUCUGCAGUGAACCUUCCAUCCAAGACAUUCGAGGGCACCGGCGAAGGCUUUCUGUAUGGCUGGGGUCGGGACAACUCGGGAUCCCUGCCAGAAAAUCUGCAGAAGCUGGACACCAACGUCAUUGGUUACAGUGAGUGCAAAGCUGCAUUGCCCUCCAACAGUCCGGUGGCUCAGUCCAAUGUGUGCAGCUACACCGCCGGAAAACCCGACGGAGCCUGCAACGGAGACAGUGGCGGUCCGCUGGUGACCAAGUCCGAAAGUGGCGUCGUCCAGCAGGUGGGCAUCGUCUCCUGGGGAUACACACCAUGUGCAACCACCACAUAUCCCUCUGUCUUUACAGCGGUGUCUGAAUUUAAGGAUUGGAUCAACGAGAACUGUUAGGGCCAGAAGCCGAUA